AUGAGCAACAACUACAUCAAAACAAUCAACAACAACAACCAACAUCACCCACCCACCUCAGCACCUCCCCCACAUCAACACCAACACAAACAACCCAUACAACCAACAAAAACAACUACACAGCACAAGCACCAGCACCACCACCAGCUCCCGCACCAACCCCCUCCCGCCCACCCACCCCACCACGACCCACCCCAGCCACCACCACCACCAACACGCCCACCCCACAGCACCAUCACGACCACCUCCACGACCACGACCACCCCCACCCAACAACCUCCUGCCCCAAAACCAUCAACAACAACCUCCACCCACCCCUACCACCCCACCAUGCCACCAGGCACCUACUCCACCACCACCACCACCCCAAUCCAACCGCCACCCACCGACCCCAGCCCGAGCCCCCCCUACAGCACCUCCAGCACCACCACAGCACCAGCAGCACAACCACCACACACCACACAGCACCACCACACACCUCCCCCCUGCUCCACCCACAACAUUGACCACACCUAG